CAACGCUAAUCUGACAUGACUACAGAUCCCAAGAACCAUCACGGUAGAAAUGAAAGUGGGCGGGGCUUACCUGACACAGUGACGCUGCGCGCGGGUUUUCAAAGAAAAUGGCGGAGCUUCAGAACGAAGGAUUCGAGCUGUGUGAUGCCAGCAGCAUCGAUACCAGGCUCUCAGAAGUGUCUCAUGGAGUCAAACGGCCUCAUGAUAGUAACCACGUCUCAGGUCCUCCUCAGAAGUCUCCUUGCACAUCACCUGCUCAUGCAGUAAUGCAGCGUUCAGGAGAAGAGGAACGGCCAGAGGAUUCGAAGAUGAGCUCUGUUGAGGAAGGCAUGAGGGAAAGUGUGAACAUUACUGCUCCUGAACUGAAUCCUCGCUCACGGAGGAAAUCCUGGAGGAGAUCAUCCAGAGGCAGACGCUCUCUGCCGGCCCUCCCCGGCUCCUCACAGCCCCUGUGUGAAACCAUCAGUCUGUCUUUACCUGACAAUGAGAGGCUGGAGAUGCUAAUUAAAGCUGCUAUGCAGAGGACAGUGAAGAGGGUCAAAAACAGUCUGUACACCGUUCCUGGUGUUGAUACAGAGACGCUUCAGACUCAAGUUGAAUCUUUGCAUGAAGAAUGGGACAGUAUGGCUCAAGACAUUAGCAGAGAAACUCAGAAUUCACUCCCAACUGCUGAGAGUGACCCCGUUGUUAACACGGCCACUGCGCGCAUUCAGGAGGACAUUAACAGGUUACAGGCUGAAAGUAUGUCAUGGGAGUCGCUACUGAAGAAACACCGGACCAAAGCUGACGAACUGGACAAAUGUGUGGAGCGGGGUGAAGAAAAGGGCGUGCCACUGGACCCAUCAUGCUUUGCCAAGUCUUCACAGAGUCGGCUCGUUCUGAACAAACCUGACUACAAGGCAGUACUCAUGGGACAGCAAAAACUACUCAGAAACAUGGAGCUAGUGAUGGACUCUCACUGUUGUAUAAUGAGGGAGCUGCUGUCUUUCCAUGAGAAAUCUCAGCUGCUGCUAAAAGAGACCAGCACCAGACUAGCUUCCAGGGCUGGAUUUCAGAAUCUCCCUUCAUCCCCAGUCAGACAGCUGAUAAAAGGACCCAUAUCUAGUGUUUCCUCCUAGUUUUCCUCCCAUAAGAUGCUAGGCUUCCACAGAAAAGCUCUGUGAUCUGAUAUGACCAUUUUGGUUAUGCAUUAAUAACUUUUUAAUGUAACAUUCUACUUUUUUCCUAUAACAAAAUACGUCAUUUUUCUGUUAACCAGUAAUUGCUACUCUGUGUGGACAGUACCAUGAUUUGCUAAUGAAUAUCGAAUUGUCUUUAAUGUCUGUAGCUGUUUUGUUUAAUGUCCUCUGGUGUGUGAGAGAAUGCGUACAUGAAGUGCAAAGAUGGACACUAGAUGGCAGACUAGUUAUUCAAAGCUCUACUUUUACCUGUGUGUUUUAAAGACUGUUGUAUAUUGUUUUGUACAAGAUUUCUACAAAUAAUUAAAUGCCUUGACAUUUACUUCAAA